CCGGCACGCCGGCACGGCAAGCUUGAGCAGUUUUAUCUCGUUCUCGCCGGGGUGACGGACGAUAAGAAGAGGCACGACGUGUCAGUCGAGAGCUCCCUCGGGAAAGACACUAUUUUAACGCAUCAUUCCCCCGCGCGGCAGCAUCGAAAUUGAUCGAAAUGUUUGACCGCUGCCCCGUCCAUUUCGUCCCGGGGUGUUCCGGGGAACGACACGACCCUUUCGCGCGCUGCAGGAUUUCUCAUACCACACAGGAAACGCGGCACCUGCAGCCGUGCAGGUGGCACCUGGUGAAAACAAAAGACGGCCAAGCCCGCCGCCGCGGUAGUCCAUCGAAGACCCAUUCGAAUAAACCGUCAGAAUACCGUUCUAUUUUAUUGACUCGCAAUUGGAAAUGGAUGAAAUGUUUAUUACCCCCGCUAACAAGUUACCUGGUGACUCGAUUGCCACCUCUGAUUUUGCCAGUAGAAACCGGAGGAUCUAUGACAUUGAUUUUCUGGAUUAUUUGUCAGUACUGAAUGAGUUCAACUGCCGAUUGUUGAGAGACUGUAUGGUGCCUGGGACCUUGCCUUUCCUGGUUAUUCCCUCUCCCACCGUCGAGCUUGUCUUUCAACUCUGUAGUGUGUUUCAGUUACCACCAGAGGUGAAAUACUUGGCAUUGGAAAUAUUUGACAGGUUCAUCUCUCUCCACUACAUAGAUUUAUGGGCUCAUACGUAUGGGUCUUCUACAGACCGAUACACUCAGAAGAAGACAUGGUUUCACACAGCAUCCCGAGUUAAGAAGCAAACAUUACUGAGAAUCCUCAGCUCCAUCCAAAUUGCCUCCAAAUUUGUCUUUCAACCAUCGUCAAUGUCACUAAAACAUGUCCGCCAGUAUUUACUGAAGUGGGGUCACCAUUAUUCUUUAAUGAGUAUGUACCUAUCAGAAUUGAGAGUCUUCUCCACACUAGAUUGCAAGGUACCUAUGUACUCAAUGUAUGACUUUACAAAGGCCCUAUUGGAAGGAUUGCAGUACUGGGCAAAUGUUAGCGAGUUGCAUUAUACCACAGAAAAGGUGCUAGAAUUUUCUUUUCUUGAAAGAGAUGAGAUUUACCACCGUUAUUUUCGUAUGAGCACAAAUCGUUGGGAGCCCAUACCUCAGGAGAGAUUACAGUUUGCCAACAUGCAAUUGAAUAGGUUCUUGAUGGCAUCCUCAGUUGUUGUGAGUUCCUUGUACAUUCAUCACUUAGAGGGCCUUGGUCCUAAUAAAGCUAGUGAGAUUUUAAGUGAGCUUGGUUGUGUGAACAGCAAUGACAUCAGAGGUUUAGCCAUAAUUAUAGUUGAAUUAAUAUUGGGCAGCACAAUUGUGUCCACAAGCUGUGGUUAGUAUAGUACUUUAAUCCUUGAGUUCUAGUAUUAAUUUACUUCAAAUCGUCAACUUUGACGACUUCAAUAAGUCAAACCAAUGUUCAUAGGUCAAAUAGACAAAAAUCAAUACAUUUUUAUUCCAUCUCAA